AUGCUUCUUCUCUUGGUCGCCCAGCUACUGCUCCUGCUCCUCGUCCCUGCCGGUCGUUGCCUCGCGGCCACCGGCCUCAGCGGCGAUGACGGUCAGCAGUUCGUCUACAACGGCUUCACGGGCGCGAACCUGACGCUCGACGGCGCGAGCACAGUUAUGCCUAACGGCCUCCUCAUGCUGACCGACUACACCAGAAAGGUGAAAGGCCACGCCGUCCACCCGUUCCCGCUGCCGUUCCGCACCGCGUCGAACGACACCGGCACUGUGCGGCCUUUCUCCACCACCUUCGUCUUCGCCAUCUCCAGUCAAUACGACGACGUGAGCAGCGACGGCAUCGCCUUCUUCCUGGCCGCGUCCAGGGAAGUGUUCUCCACUGCGUCGCCAGGCCAGUUCCUGGGCCUCCUCAACGAAGGCAAUAUUGGCAACCGGAGCGCCCGCAUCUUCGCGGUGGAGCUAGACACCUUCAAAGAUUACGAGCUCCGCGACAUCAACGACAACCAUGUCGGCGUCGACGUUGAUAGCCUGGUGUCGAUCGACUCCGCCAACGCCGGGUACUAUGAUGACGGCAUCGGGAUGUUCCAGAACCUAAGCCUAAUAAGCGGGAACCCCAUGCAGGUGUGGGUGGACUACGACGGCAGGGCCACCGAGAUCACCGUGACCAUGGCUCCGUUGGGCGUGGCCAGGCCCAAGAGGCCCCUCCUGCGGACCACCGUCGACCUCUCGGGUGUGGUACAGAACACGGCAUACGUCGGGUUCUCUUCGGCAACGAGCUUCUUUUACACACGACACUUCGUCCUCGGCUGGAGCUUCGCGUUUGAUGCGCCAGCCCCUGCACUUAACAUCUCAAUGUUGCCGGCCUUGCCAUCGACCCCGACCUACACGACACUGCAGUCCAUCGUAUUGUCAAUGAUGAUCGUUCUUGUCUUAGCAUUGGUGGCGCUGGUAAGCAUCCUAAUCUACAUAUGUGUAAGACGACAGCGUCUCAAGUACUCUGAGGUGCGUGAGGACUGGGAGGCCCCCUUUGGCUCGAAACGGUUUUCUUACAAGGACUUGUUUCAUGCGACCAAAGGGUUCAGUGACAAGAACCUACUUGGGAGAGGAGGUUUUGGAAGUGUCUAUAAGGGUGUGCUUCGCAAGACUGACAUGGAGGUCGCCGUGAAGAGGAUGUCACAUGAUUCAAGGCAAGGAGUAAGGGAGUUCAUUGCCGAGGUGGCGAGUAUUGGUCGUCUUCGACACCGAAAUAUCACACAAUUAUUGGGCUACUGCAGGCGCAAGGGGGAGCUUCUCCUGGUAUAUGACUACAUGAAAAAUGGUAGUCUUGACAAGUACCUACACACAAGAAAUGGCCCAACUCUAUGUUGGUCCCAAAGGUAUACCAUCAUCAAAGGUGUGGCAUCAAGCUUGUUAUAUCUACAUGAGGAUUGGGAGCAGGUCGUCAUCCACAGAGAUGUAAAGGCAAGCAAUGUGCUCUUGGAUGGUAAGAUGAAUGGAAGGUUGGGCGAUUUUGGUCUUGCAAGGAUAUACGACCACGAAACCGCCGCUGAAACCACCCAUGUGGCUGGCACCAUGGGAUAUCUUGCGCCAGAACUCUCGCGUGCCGGGACACCAACACCAUUCUCCGAUGUAUAUGCAUUUGGUGUGUUUCUCCUAGAGGUCACGUGUGGACGAAGGCCAAUCUUCAUCGAUGAGCAAAACAACCGGGUAUUGUUGGUCGAGUGGGUGCUUCAGCACCACCACAAUGGUUCCAUCCUCGACACAGUAGAUCCUCGACUCGGAGGUGAAUUCAACGCGGAUGAGGUAACCAUCGUGCUCAAAUUGGGUUUGUUGUGCACGUACCCAUCGCCCAAUGCACGACCUAUCAUGCGAAAGGUCAUGCAAUACCUUGACCAUAGUCAGCCGCCUCCUGAUUUAUCACCGACCUAUAUAAGCUACAUCAUGAUGACCCAAAUGCAAAAUGAAGGGUUUGAUUCACACGACAUGGCAUGUUCCCAGCCUGCAAUGAGUGUUGCCACUUUGUCGGGUGAGUCUUCAGCGACAAUUUUACGAGAGGGAAGGUGA